AUGCCUUCUCGGUCCUCCGCGAACCUUCUGGACCUGGCCGCUGCCGACUCUGACUUCCCGUCGCCGCCCCGCCACCCAGCCCGCCUCCCACGCGUCAUGGCGGACCCGGGCAUCCUCGCCACCGCUGGUGCCGCCACCGACGAUUCCCCGCCGGCGUCUCCGUCGCCGCGUCCGGGGCGACGGAUCAUCGUCGCCCACCACCUCCCCCUCCGCGCGACCCCCGACCCUGCCGCCCCUUGCGGCUGGUCCUUCUCCUACGACCCGGACGCCCUGGUCCUCCAGCUCCGCUCCGGCAUCCCAGCCGGCGUCGAUGUCCUCCACGUCGGCACCCUCCGUGGCCUUCCCGACGGCCUCGACCCCGCUCACCAUGACGCCGUCGCCGCCCACCUCCGCCGCGAGUUCCGCUGCGUCCCCGUCCUCAUCCCCCCGGACCUCCACGCCCGCUUCUACCACGGCUUCUGCAAGCACUACCUCUGGCCCCUCCUCCACUACCUCCUACCUCUCUCCCCCUCCUCCCUCGGCGGCCUCCGCUUCGAUCUAUCCCUCUGGCGCUCCUAUCUCUCGGCGAACAAGCUCUUCGCCGACUGCCUAACGGAGGUCCUCAACCCCGACGACGACUUCGUCUGGAUCCACGACUACCACCUCCUGGCCCUCCCCACCUUCCUCCGCAAGCGCUUCCCCAGGGCAAAGCUUGGAUUUUUUCUCCAUUCCUCCUUCCCUUCCUCCGAGAUCUUCCGCACCAUUCCCGUCCGCGACGACCUCCUCCGCGCCCUCCUCAACGCCGACCUAGUCGGCUUCCACACCUUCGACUACGCCCGCCACUUCCUCUCCGCCUGCUCCCGCUCGCUCGGCCUCGAUUACCAGUCGAAACGCGGGUACAUCGGCAUCGAGUACUAUGGCCGCACCGUCACCAUCAAGAUCCUCCCUGUCGGGAUCGACAUGGGCCAGCUCCGCUCCGUCAUGGCGUCGCCGGAGGCGGCCGACAAGGUCCGGGAGCUCACGGAGACGUACAGAGGCAGGACCUUGCUGCUUGGCGUGGACGACGUUGACCUGUUCAAAGGGAUCGGGUUGAAGUUUCUGGCGAUGGAGCGGCUGCUGGAGGAGCACCAGGAGCUGCGUGGCCGGGUGGUGCUGGUCCAGAUCUUCAACCCGGCGAGGAGCCAGGGGAGGGACGUGCAGGAGGUGCAGGACGAGACCCGGUCGAUCACGAGAAGGAUCAACGACAAGUUUGGCCGCCCUGGCUACGAGCCCAUCGUCGUGAUCGACCGCCCGGUGCCCACCUACGAGAAGCUUGCCUUCUAUGCCGUGUCCGAGUGCUGCGUGGUGAAUCCGGUGCGGGAUGGGAUGAACCUCGUCCCCUACGAGUACACCAUUUGCCGGCAGGGGAGCCUGGCAUUGGAGGGAUCUCCCAGGAAGAGUAUGCUCGUGGUGUCGGAGUUCAUUGGCUGCUCCCCGUCUCUCAGUGGGGCAAUUCGGGUCAACCCAUGGAAUGUGGAUGCCGUGGCAGAGGCCGUGAAUUUGGCUAUCACGAUGCCGGAGGCCGAGAAGCAGCUGCGGCAUGAGAAGCACUAUAAGUAUGUCAGCUCUCAUGAUGUCGCCUACUGGGCGAGGUCAUUCGAUCAGGACUUGCAGCGGGCGUGCAAGGAUCAUUUCCUCAGGAGGUGUUGGGGGAUUGGAUUUGGGAUGAGCUUCCGGGUCGUCGCCCUUGGUCCUAAUUUCAGGAGGAUUUCGGUGGAGCAUAUUGUCCCGGCAUACAGGAGGACAAAUAGCAGGCUGAUAUUACUUGAUUAUGAUGGGACAAUGAUGCCACAGUCUUCGAUCGACAAAACACCAAGCAGUGAAGUGACUUCGAUCUUGAAUAGUUUGUGCUCGGAUCCAAAGAAUGUAGUUUUUGUUGUCAGUGGUAGAGGGAAGGACGAGUUGAGCAAGUGGUUCGCUCCAUGCGAGAAGCUAGGAAUCUCUGCCGAGCAUGGAUAUUUCACAAGGUGGAGUCGGGAUGCUCCUUGGGAGUCAUGCAUGUUAACAGCCGACUUUGAUUGGAAAAGGAUUGCAGAACCUGUAAUGAGGCUCUACAUGGAGGCAACUGAUGGAUCUUCCAUUGAACAGAAAGAAAGUGCACUAGUCUGGCAUCAUCAAGAGGCUGAUCCUGAUUUUGGGUCAUGCCAGGCAAAAGAACUCCUUGAUCAUCUAGAGAAUGUGCUUGCCAAUGAACCUGUGGUUGUGAAAAGGGGCCAACAUAUUGUAGAAGUAAACCCUCAGGGUAUAAGCAAAGGUAUCGUUGUCGAAAAUCUUAUGGAGACCAUGUUGAGCAGAGGAAAGCCACCAGACUUUGUAUUAUGCAUCGGAGAUGAUCGGUCUGAUGAAGACAUGUUUGAGAGCAUCAUGAGUUCCAUGAAUAAUCCAUCACUGCCAACAAUUGCUGAAGUCUUUGCAUGCACCGUUGGUAAGAAACCAAGCAAGGCUAAAUACUAUCUUGAUGACACAGUCGAUGUCGUAAAAAUGCUCCAAGGUCUAGCCAAUGCAUCAUCACAGCUACCCAGACCGGUACAACGGCAAGUCUCAUUUGAAGGAUCUCUCUGAGUGAACCAAGGGUUUCUUCUUGGUCCAGUCCAUUAAAACAUCUGGUUUUGAGGUCGAAUCAAGAAAGUUUCAUGGUUGGUCAUCACCUGGAUCGUGUCUGUUGGAGCACAGGGACAAUCAUAAUUCAUGGAGCCGGAAACUAUUGAAGUCAUUUUAUACGAUAUUGUUGAUUUCGUAGCCCGGUGGAGGAUUUGUUGGAUGAGGAAUGCUUUGGAACUACCUGAAGGGACAAAAUAAGCUGAUUUCUCUCAGAUUAUUUAGCAAAGCCAUUAUACUGGAGCCAUUGUAUAUAUCACAGAAAAAGUCUCUCUUUCUUCAGCUUUUCUUUGCAGAUGCAGACUACAGAUAUAUAUGAUCUCACUCAUCUCAUGUUUCUUUCAUAUCUUGUAAGGCACCGUUCUACAUUUAUUGCAUGUCGAUAUAUGGCCAUUGUUUCCUUAAUGAUAAGUUUACUCUUCUAACUGCUUCUUAGGCAGUCAUUAACAUGAUUUGCAUGAAAUUUUAAUAUCUUUGUGGUUA